GCAGCGGAAAGUAGUUGAGAGAGCGGCCAAAUCGUCUUCAACCUUCACGGUUCGCGCCCCGUUUUGUGGUUGCACGCAAGAGGCAGGGGAGCGCCUAGGUAAGAGGCCGUCCUCCCCGCAGCCUCCGGCAAGCUGGCGUUACCCUUCCAGACCCGUCCUCCUCUAGCAACAAAGGAGGCGUCCCGGCUGGGGGCCGAGGAGGCGCCGCCUCGGCAGUCAAGCUUGCCCCUCCAAAGCGGAGCUCGCCUGUGAGCAAGAGGAGCGGUGGGGGGAGAGGCGUUUCCUCCUCUUGCCACAGGCUCAAAAAGUGCGAGGAGAGCGACGGAAGGAAUGUGCGCCGCGUAAAAACGCACCCCGCGAAUUCACGCCAGCCUCGCCUUGCCCACCCCGCUUUGGGACUUUGGAGCGAGUUGCGUGGGCUGGUUUGGGGUCUGCUCUCAACUCUGGUCGCGGUUUGGCGUUGGACUGUUGAGGAAAGCUUCGCCUGGAACGGUGCACGACAGGGACCCGGCCGGGACGUGACUGGCUGGCGGGCAAGGAGGUUUCCAGCAGACAUCUAUUUCAAAGCAGUUUAGCCUGUGAGAGCUGGGUGAAAGAUUUUUAAUAAUUCUGAAGAGAAAUACCAAAACUGUAAACAAAAAAAUGGCCAAGGUUUUGGAUAUAGAUGAAGGACCUGAAGGAGAACACAAUGAGUUCAGCAACAUCAUUAAAUCCAGAUCCGAUGAGCACAACGAUGUACAAAAGAAAACCUUCACAAAGUGGAUAAAUUCUCGUUUUGCUAAGUGUGGAAAGCCACCAAUAAAGGACAUGUUUACAGAUCUCCGAGAUGGGAGGAAGCUCUUGGACCUCUUGGAAGGUCUCACUGGUGGUCCGCUGCUCAAAGAACGUGGAUCCACAAGAGUCCAUGCCCUAAAUAAUGUCAACAAAGUGCUUCAGAUUUUACAUCAGAACAAUGUGGAGCUGGUGAACAUAGGAGGAACUGAUAUUGUUGAUGGAAAUCACAAACUGACUCUUGGCUUACUGUGGAGCAUAAUUUUGCACUGGCAGGUCAAAGACGUUAUGAAAGAUAUAAUGUCAGACCUACAGCAAACAAACAGUGAAAAAAUCUUGUUAAGUUGGGUGCGACAGUCUACUAGGCCUUACAGCCAGGUCAAUGUUUUGAAUUUUACCACAAGCUGGACAGAUGGGCUUGCCUUCAAUGCUGUGAUCCACAGACACAGGCCUGAGCUGUUUGGCUGGGAUAAAGUAACUAAAAUGUCCCCUAUUGGAAGAUUAGAACAUGCCUUCAACAUAGCUAAAAAUUACCUGGGGAUAGAAAAAUUACUAGAUCCUGAAGAUGUUGCUGUACAACUUCCUGACAAGAAAUCUAUUAUCAUGUAUUUGACAUCUUUGUUUGAGGUUCUUCCUCAGCAAGUUACCAUGGAAGACAUUCGAGAAGUUGAGACUCUUCCAAGGAAAUACAAAAAGGAAUGUGAAGAAGCGGACUCACAGAGUGUAGUAUCUGAUGAUAACCAUGGAGACUCAAGAGCAGAAACACCUAGUACAGUGACAGAAGUGGACCUGGACCUGGACAGUUACCAAGUAGCUCUGGAAGAUGUUCUUACCUGGUUGCUGUCUGCUGAAGACACUUUCCAGGAGCAGGAAGACAUAUCUAAUGAUGUUGAAGAAGUCAAGGAGCAGUUUGCUAUGCAUGAAGGUUUUAUGAUGGAGUUGACUGCACACCAGAGCAGUGUGGGUAGCGUUCUGCAGGCUGGUAAUCAGUUGAUAGCCCAGGGCAAUCUAUCAGAAGAGGAGGAAAGUGAAAUUCAAGAGCAAAUGACUUUACUCAACUCUCGAUGGGAGGCUCUGAGAGUCGAAAGUAUGGAUCGUCAAUCUCGCCUCCAUGAUGUGUUGAUGGAACUACAGAAAAAACAACUGCAGCAGCUGUCUGAUUGGUUGACUGUUACAGAAGAACGCAUUCAAAAGAUGGAAUCUCAACCCUUAGUUGACAAUUUGGAGUCCUUUCAACAGCAGAUGAAUGAGCAUAAAAGUCUACAAAAUGAUCUUGAAGCAGAGCAAGUUAAAGUAAACUCAUUGACCCACAUGGUGGUCAUUGUAGAUGAAAACAGUGGUGAGAGUGCCACAGCUAUACUGGAGGAGCAACUGCAGAAACUUGGUGAACGCUGGACAGCAGUUUGCCGUUGGACUGAGGAACGUUGGCUCAAACUCCAAGAGAUUAAUAUCUUGUGGCAGGGACUCUUGGAAGAACAGUGUUUGUUAAAAGCCUGGUUAGUUGAAAAAGAAGAGGCUUUAAACAAAGUACAAACAAGCAACUUCAAAGAUCAAAAUGAGCUUGGAGUGAAUGUUCGAAAGCUGGCAAUUUUGAAAGAAGAUUUGGGAAUGAAGCGUCAGAUGUUAGAUCAGCUGAGUGAGGUGGCCCAGGAUGUGACACAGCUACUCAACAAUGAGAAAGUAUCAACAAAAAUUGACAGUGAUCUGGAAGAACUAACACAGAGUUGGGACAGUUUAGUUCAGAAACUUGAGGAUUGUUCUGAUCAGGUUUCUCAACUGGUUGGAAAUGUUGGCAUGGUACAAAUUUCACAAAAAAUCAUCACAGAGACAGUUACUGUCAAAGAGCAAAAAACAGUUAAGCAAUCAAAACAGGAACAGUUUCUGCCUCUUCCUCCUCCAAAGAAAAGACAAGUCACCAUAGACACAGAGGAUAAGAAAAAGUUUGAUUCUGAAAUUGCUGAACUGUUGAGCUGGAUUUCAAAAUCAAAAACUGCUAUUCAGGCCAUAGAGAUCAAAGAAUAUGAGAAGAUGAGAGAGACUUCAGACAUGAAAGAGAAGUUGAAGACCAUCGAAAAAGAGAUGGCUGGAAAAAAGAAAAUGUUAGAUGAACUAAGCCAGAUAGGACAAAAUCUUCUGGAACAAAUGGGAAAAGAAGGGCUUCCUACACAGGAUGUAUCAAAUUCCCUAGAUAAGCUAUUGUUAGAAUGGAAAAAGACAUCUGGACACCUGAAAGAAAUAACAAGAAAGGUGAAUUACCAAGAUGAAAUAAACAUGUAUUUUAAGGAAUUGGGUGAACUUGAUAAGACUGUGUCUGAAAAAGAAUUGUGGCUGAAAGACCAAUCUGCUCCAUCAUCCCCAAAGCAACCUAUAACAACUCUAAAGGAGUCAUGCCAGAGGGAGCUCACUCACUUACUAAGUCUGCGUCCUCAAAUAGAACACCUGAAAACUAGGGUUAAGGCCCUGACAGCUCACCCUGCGGUUCCAAAUUUUAUUGAAGAUGGCCUCAACUCUUUGACUGAUCGCUUCCUAGCUGCCCAACAGAAACUAGAGGAAUGGCACCAACAUUGGAAAAAAGCUGAAUUGGAAAGCCAGCCUUCCAAAGAUUAUUUAGAUACUUUAAAGAAACUGAAGGAUGAACUGAAUGAAUUGGAAGGCAAAGAGCAAUCCAUCAUGAACACUGUGAAUGAUUUCAGUAAAGUGGAGAGAGCCUUGCAAAUGACAAAAGCAGUUUGUGAGACUCUAGAAAAUCAGAAAAAUGUCAUAGAUAGACUUACUGCAGACACACAGGUUUUGGAGAAAUGUAUUUCUGCUGAUAAAUCAAAGAUCUACAAGCAAGAAUUAAAAUGUUUGCAGGGAUUCAGGGACAAGUUGAAAUUGAAGGUGUCUAAAGAUGUUCACUUGCUUGAAGAAAUUACUUCCAAAUUGAGAGUAUUUGAGACUGAUUCAAAACUUGUUCAAAAGUGGUUGGAUAGUGUAAAAGACUUCUUAAUGAAAGACCAAACCAUCCAAAGGGAUCCUGAAGGACUUCAAAGGCAGCUUGAUCAUUGCAUGCUGCUUGUUACUGAAAUGGAAAAGACUGAGCUUUCUCUAACAGAAAUGAAAGAAAUAGAGUCCACUUUAAGAAGUCAGCCUGUAAACUCCUUGGUGAAGUCUAAGCUGACAGAUAUCCAAACACAGUGGGAGAAAUUGAGUAAACAGAUCAUUAGUCAGAAAAACCAAUUAUUUGAGAGUCAGGAAAAAGCUGUAAACCUUAAGAAGGAUUUGGCAGAGAUGCAAGAAUGGAUGGCUCAAGCUGAAGAGGAAUAUUUGGAGAGAGAUUUUGAAUACAAGACUCCAGAUGAGCUUGAAAAUGCAGUGGAGGAGAUGAAAAGAGCAAAAGAGGAUGUGAUGCAGAAAGAAGUGCGGGUGAAAAUUCUGAAAGACAACAUCAAGAUGUUAGCUGCUAAACUGCCAUCUGGUGGUCAAGACUUAACAAGUGAACUUAACCUUGUAUUGGAGAAUUACCAACUCCUCUGCAACAGGAUUCGUGGGAAAUGUCACACUUUGGAGGAAGUAUGGUCAUGUUGGAUCGAGCUACUCCACUAUCUGGACUUAGAAACAGCCUGGUUGAAUACUUUGGAAGAUAGGAUGAAAAGCACUGAAAACUUACCAGACAGAGCAGAUGCUGUCAAUGAGGCUCUAGAGUCACUGGAAUCUGUCCUGCGCCACCCUGCUGAUAAUCGAACUCAAAUUCGGGAACUUGGUCAAACAUUGAUUGAUGGAGGGAUUCUCGAUGAAAUCAUCAGUGAAAAAUUGGAAGCUUUUAAUGCCCGUUAUGAAGAACUGAGCCACAUGGCAGUGAGCAGGCAGAUUUCUUUGGAACAGCAGCUUCAGAUGAUGCGGGAAACAGAAUGCAAGUUGCAAGACUUACAAGAAAGCUUAAAGGAUCUGGAUAGGCAGCUAACUUCAUACUUGACCGACAGAAUAGAUGCCUUCCAAAUACCUCAGGAGGCUCAGAAAAUUCAAGCUGAGAUUGCUGCUCAUGAAUCUAUCUUGGAAGAACUGAAAAGGAAUGUGCGGUCUCUGAUGCCAGCCUCCCCUGAAAGUAGAUCUGCUUGUGGAGGGUCUCUUCUGGAUACCUUGCAGAGGAAACUCCGGGAAGUGUCCACAAAGUAUCAACUUUUCCAGAAACCAGCCAAUUUUGAGCAACGAAUGCUGGAUUGUAAACGGGUUUUGGACAGCGUAAAAGCUGAGCUCUAUGUCUUGGAUGUGAAGGACAUUGACCCAGAUAUAAUUCAGAACCACUUUGAUAAGUGCAUGAAACUCUAUAAGACCCUCAGUGAAGUAAAGCUUGAAAUAGAGACUGUGAUUAAAACAGGAAGGCAAAUUGUACAGAAGCAGCAAACUGACAACCCGAAAAGCAUGGAUGAACAAUUAACAGCACUGAAAUUUCUUUAUAAUGAUUUAGGUGCACAGGUUACAGAAGGAAAACAAGAUCUGGAACAGGCAUUGCAGCUGUCGCGAAAACUCAAGGAACAGUCUUUUUCCUUGUCAAAAUGGCUAGAGGCUACUGAAGCUGAGUUAGUACACAAGUCCACCUCUCAGAGUCUGCUUGCUGACUUGGACACUGAAAUUGCAUGGGCUAAAAAUGUUCUACGAGAGUUGGAAAGAAGGAAAGCUGAUCUAAACAGCAUAACAGAGAGCAGUGCCAUACUUCAGACCCUGGUAGAAGGUAGUGAGAUGACUUUGGAGGAAAAGCUCUGUAUUAUUAAUGCUGGCUGGAGUAGAGUCCGGACCUGGACAGAUGACUGGUGCAACACACUAUUGAAUCACCAAAGUCAAUUGGAAAUUUUUGAUGAAAAUGUUGCCCACAUAAGCACUUGGCUGUACCAAGCUGAAGCCCUGCUGGAUGAAAUUGAGAAAAAGCCAGCCAGCAAGAAAGAUGAGACAGUGAAGCGUCUAAUAUCAGAACUGGAUGAUGUUAGUCUCAGAGUGGAUAAUGUACGUGACCAAGCCGUUAUCCUUAUGAAUGGACGUGGCAUGUCAUGCUGUGAACUUGUAGAACCUAAGCUGGCUGAAUUGAAUAGGAACUUUGAAAAGGUAUCACAGCAUAUCACAAGUGCUAAGAUGCUGUUCAGUCGGGAAGUUCCUAAAGUGCAAAUGAAGCAAGAGCCCCAUGAAAUUCUAGUUGAUUCCACAGUUCUGGAUAAAUUUGAGUGUGAGCUACAGGAGAUGCUGAAUGUUGUAGAAAAGCACAUGGAAUCAAAUGAUGAAGAUGAAAAGUUGGAUGAAGAAAGGGCCCAAGUUGAAGAGGUUUUACAAAGAGGUGAGCAGUUACUACAACAACUUGUGGAAGACAGCAGGAGGGAAAAAAUUCGUUUGCAGCUCCAGUUUCUGCAAACGAGGCACAUCAGCAACAAGGAACUGAGGUCCUUGCAAAGGAGGAAGGUAGUGGAUAGCUCUCCUUCAUCCAUGCAAUAUAAGACUGACCAAGACAGUGUUUUGAAUUGGCUUAAUGAGACAAAUGGACAAUUGUCAGGACUACAGGAAGCAGAAGAAGAGCAGAAACUACAGACGACUCACCAGAGGAUUCAAGGUCCGUAUUCAUCGAUAAUCAGAACAUCACCAUUUCCUGCAGAAUACCUGGUUGAAAUAAACAAAAUUUUGCUGGCUGUGGCUGAUGCUGAGCUCUUGUUGCAUGCCCCAGAACUUCAUGCUGGAAUCUAUGAAGAUUUUUCUACCCAAGAAGAUUCUUUGAAGAAUGUAAAAGACAUGUUGGACAAACUUGGGGAUCAGAUUGCAUUUAUUCAUGAAAAGCAACCAGAUGUUAUAUUAGAGGCAUCUGGUCCUGAAGCUCUUCAAAUAGGGGAUUCACUAACCCAACUGAAUGCAGAAUGGGACAGGAUUAACAGGAUGUAUAAUGAUCGCAAAAGUUGCUUCGAUAAGUCUGUGGAAGAGUGGAGACAGUUCCAUUGUGAUCUCAAUGAUCUCUCACAGUGGUUAACAGAAGCUGAAGGAUUGCUGGCUGAGGCCCAAACUCCAGAUGAUAGCCUGGAUGUAGAGACAGCAAGAAUGCACCAGCAGGAACUUGAAGAGGGAGUCAGCAGCCACAAUACCAGCUUUUUGACGUUAAACACAACAGGGGAAGGAAUCAUACAGAAACUUUCCACUUCUGAUGGAAGCUUCCUGAAAGAGAAACUAGCAGGAUUAAGUAAACGCUGGGAAGCAGUCGCUGCUGAGGUCAUGGAAAGACAGCAGAGACUGAAAAGAGACAAUCAACAAUUGAUAGACUAUACAAGAAAGCUAGAAGAAUUUAGUUGCUGGAUAGAAAAUAUUGAAAAUGCUCAAGGAGAAAAACUUACAAUCAGCCAGGAGGAAAACCUGCAGCAGUUAAUGAGUUUGAUUGAGGAGAUGGACAUGCAAGGAGAAAAACUUCAGUGGCUAAACAGAAACGAACAAGAGGUCCUUUUGAAUCCGAACAUUGGUUCUGAAGAAAGAGAGCGCAUUUCUGAUAGACUGAAGACCAUGAAUAUUAAGUGGAAUAAGGUGUUCAGAGAAGCACCCAACAGAGUGAGAGAACUAGCGGCAUAUGUUCAUAAGCCUUAUCUUGUGCCACAGACAAAGACUCCUGGUUACCCUCUUCUCCAAAAGAUGGUGCUAGUGUCUUCUGCCUCUGAAAGUGUUAGUCAAACACAGCAGGAAACCUCUGCACCUGCUAAUCUGGAUAAAACUACAACAGAACUGGCUGACUGGCUGGCAUUGAUUGACCAGAUGCUCAAGUCAAACAUAGUUACUGUGGGAAAUGCUGAAGAAAUCAAGCGGACCAUUGCACGCAUGAAAAUAACCAAAGAAGAUUUAGAACAGCGCCAUCCUCAGCUGGAUUCUGUUUUUACAUUGGCUCAAAAUUUGAAAAACAAAACCUCAAGUUCUGACAUUAGGACAGCAAUUACAGAAAAAUUGGAGAAAGUUAAGACGCAGUGGGACAGUACUCAACAUGGAGUGGAAGUACGCCAGCAGCAGUUAAGAUGCAUGCUUUCUGACAGCAUGAAGUGGGAUGACCAGAAGCAAGAAAUGGAGAAGCUGAUUGGAAAGUAUGAGAUUUAUCUGCAUGCCCUUUUACAGUCCCCUAAAGAGAUGCUUAUCAAACAGAUUUCUGAAAACAAAAAGUUAAUACUAGAGCUACAUAAAGGAGACACCAAUAUGAGCUCAUUCAACGAUCUGUCCUAUAAGCUCCUUCAGGACUACAGUGAUGAUGACACGAGAAAGAUUAAAGAAAUCAUGGAUCACUUGAAUACUUCAUGGAUUAAUCUUCAACAAAGAGCUGGGAAUAGGCAGAAUGCCUUGGACACUGAACUGAAGCAAGUGCAAGCCUUGCUAAAAGAUCUAGAGAGUUUUCUCAAGUGGAUGCAAGAAGCUGAAACUACAAUUAAUGUCCUUGCAGAUGCAUCACAACAGGAAAAUGCUGUCCAGGACAGUGUUUCUAGAAGGGAAUUAAAAAAACAGAUGGAGGACAUCCAGGCUGAAAUUGAUGCUCACAAUGAUAUCUUCAAGAGCAUUGAUGGAAAUAGACAGAAGAUGGUAAAAGCCUUGGGAAACUCUGAAGAGGCUGCACUGCUACAGCACCGGAUAGAUGACAUGAACCAGCGCUGGAAUGAUCUGAAAGCAAAGUCUGCCAGCAUUAGGGCUCAUUUGGAGGCAAGCACAGAAAAGUGGAAUAAAUUGCUGACAUCACUGGAAGAGCUUAUCAAAUGGCUGAAUCUGAAAGAUGAAGAACUUAAAAAGCAAAUGCCUAUUGGUGGGGAUAUACCAGCUUUACAGCAACAGUAUGACUACUGUAAGGGACUAAGGCAUGAAUUGAAGGAUAAAGAGCAAGCCAUUCUAAAUGCUGUAGACCAAGCACGCGUAUUCCUUGCUGAUCAACCAAUUGAAGGCCCUGAAGAACCAAGAAAAAACUUACUUUCAAAGCCAGAACUGACUCCUGAAGAAAAAGCUCUGAAGAUUGCCAAAGCUAUGCGUAAGCAGUCUGUGGAAGUGAAAGAGAAAUGGGAAAGUCUGAAUACCUGUGCCAAUAGCUGGCAGAAACAAGUAGAGAAAGCACUAGAGAAGCUGAAAGACUUGCGGUACUCUAUGGAUGACCUAGAUGCUGACUUGAGAGAGGCAGAGAAUGUGAAGAAUGGCUUGAAACCUGUUGGAGAGAUACUGAAUGACUCAUUGCAGGACCACAUUGAUAAAACAACAGCUUUUAGGGAAGAAAUUGCACCAAUCAACUUGAAAGUUAAAGCAGUAAAUGAUUUAUCUAUUCAACUCUCUCCACUUGACCUUCAUCCAUCAUUAAAGAUAACACGGCAGCUAGAUGACCUCAAUAUGCGCUGGAAACUUUUACAGAUAACUGUAGAGGAUCGCCUCAAACAACUACAGGAAGCACACUGGGAUUGUGGUCCUUCAUCUCAAAAUUUUCUUUCUGCCUCCGUCCAGCCACCAUGGCAGAGAUCAGUUUCACAUAAUAAAGUUCCUUACUACAUCAAUCACCAGACUCAAACAACCUGCUGGGAUCACCCAAAAAUGACCGAACUCUUCCAGUCACUAGCUGAUUUAAACAAUGUACGUUUCUCUGCUUACCGUACAGCCAUCAAAAUCCGGAGACUACAAAAAGCAUUGUGUUUGGACCUGUUGGACUUAAAUGCAACAAAUGAAGCUUUCAUACAGCACAAGUUGUACCAAAAUGACCAGCUACUCAGUGUUCAGGAUGUGGUUAGCUGUCUCACUACAAUUUACAGUGGGAUGGAAGAGAAGCACAAAGAACUGGUGAAUGUUCCACUCUGUGUCGAUAUGUGUCUCAAUUGGCUUCUGAAUGUUUAUGAUACUGGUCGUACUGGAAAAAUCAGAGUGCAGUCCCUAAAAAUUGGCUUGAUGUCUCUUUCUAAGGGCCUUCUAGAAGAGAAGUACAGAUAUCUUUUUAAGGAAGUGGCAGGACCUACAGAAAUGUGUGACCAGAGGCAGCUUGGCUUAUUGCUUCAUGAUGCUAUCCAAAUCCCGCGACAGCUUGGUGAAGUAGCAGCUUUUGGAGGCAGUAAUAUUGAACCCAGUGUCCGCAGCUGCUUUCAGCAGAACAACAACAAACCAGAAAUCAGUGUAAAACAAUUCAUAGACUGGAUGCAUCUGGAACCUCAGUCAAUGGUGUGGUUACCUGUCCUGCACAGAGUGGCAGCUGCAGAAACAGCAAAACAUCAGGCCAAGUGCAACAUUUGCAAGGAAUGCCCAAUUGUUGGCUUUAGGUAUCGGAGCCUGAAACAUUUUAACUAUGAUGUCUGUCAGAGCUGUUUCUUCUCUGGUCGUACAGCAAAAGGUCAUAAAUUACAUUACCCAAUGGUGGAGUAUUGUAUACCAACAACAUCAGGAGAAGAUGUACGAGAUUUCACCAAGGUGCUAAAAAACAAGUUUCGAUCAAAGAAGUAUUUCACUAAACACCCUCGGCUUGGCUACCUGCCAGUGCAAACAGUCCUCGAAGGUGACAAUUUAGAAACACCAAUUACACUUAUUAGUAUGUGGCCAGAGCAAUAUGACCCUUCCCAAUCUCCCCAACUGUUUCAUGAUGACACCCACUCUAGGAUCGAACAAUAUGCCAACAGGCUAGCCCAGAUGGAACGAACCAAUGGUUCCUUUCUUACAGAUGGUAGCUCCACCACAGGAAGUGUGGAAGAUGAGCAUGCCCUUAUCCAGCAAUACUGUCAAACUCUGGGAGGAGAGUCACCUGUGAGUCAGCCACAAAGUCCGGCACAGAUUUUAAAGUCAGUAGAGAAGGAAGAACGAGGAGAACUUGAACGUAUCAUUGCUGACCUUGAGGAUGAGCAAAGGAUGCUUCAAGUGGAAUAUGAACAGUUAAAGGAGCAGCAUCUUCAACGGGGAAUCAGUGUGUUGAGCUCACCCCCAGACUCUGCUGUGUCACCCCAGCACACAUCUGAAGAUGCUGAGCUCAUUGCAGAGGCCAAACUCUUACGGCAACACAAAGGUCGUCUAGAGGCUAGAAUGCAGAUUUUGGAAGAUCACAAUAAGCAACUGGAAUCUCAGCUCCAUCGACUGCGACAGCUGCUUGAGCAGCCUGAGACAGAUUCCAGAAUUAAUGGAGGCUCUUCUUGUGCUUCACCUCAGCAUUCUGCACUCAGCUAUUCACCUGAUCAGGAUACCAGUUCACAGUUUAAUCAGUCAGGUGUAGAUGACUUGUUAGCCCCACCUCAUGAUACUAGCACAGAUCUAACUGAUGUUAUGGAACAAAUCAACAGCACAUUUCCAUCUUGCCGCACAAAUCUUGCUGGCAGACCACAGGCAAUGUGAAGUUUUCAGUUUGAAGACAGCUUAUUCUUCCUGAUGUCAAAUACAGCCCUCUUUCUACAAAUGCCAAUAUAAAGUUCUGGUAAUCAGGCGGCUGCAUGGGACAUUGUAACAUACUGUUUAGCUCUGUGUGUUUUUACUUCAAAUAGGAAAACACUUGAACUAUCCAAAGAUGAGAAUGUUGUGGGUUUUUAAUGUGUGUGUCCCCCCCCCUUCUUCCCUCUCUAUGCAACUGUAAAUUAACAAACAGUGGAGUAUUUGGAAAUAGUUAUAUGUAUGUCAUUGAUUUAUAUAAUAUACAGCAUCAGGAAUGGGGGUGGGGGUUUAUAUCCAUUCUUUUUGAUAUUGCUACAGUGAAUUGCAUACACAGUUUGGAGCAAAGUAUUACAUUUAUACAUUCCUUUCAGCUUUUUGCAUUUACAGUUUUGAGUACCUUCUCUUCUGACACACAUCUGUCCUGCACCUGCAAUUUAUACUUAGUCUAAUAGUAUUCAUUUCAAAAUGUGAAAAAAUAUCAAUUUCUCAUAACCAUGCUAUUAGUAUUUGACAAAAAAAUCAUGUAUGGCCAUCAAUGAGUACAUGUUCCAGCUAACAACAUAUUCAGCUACAAUAACCUAAACAUUAACACUAAAAUGGAUGCUAAUGAAUUCUUUUUCCUAUUGAAUGUGGGGGAAUCUCCCCUCAAAAAAACUUUUCUUUGGCUUAUAAUGUGAGUUAAGAUUCAUUUGGGUUUUAUUUAAUAUAACCAUCAUGUGUUUAUGUGCUCUUGGCUAUCUGCACAGGAAAGACUGUGGGCUAAUUUUGUGCCAAAUGUUGUCAAGCCUUUUGUUAAGACAUCAAAUGCAAAGGCCCAGAUUUGCAAUUAUUUGAUUCUGCUUUUAGAAAUAUGUAUAAAAUGAGGAGCUUAGUCUGUUGUAUUGCUAAAAGUUUUGUCCUGACAUCACAAAGGUUAUCUGGAAAAUUUUAUCCAGUAUCAUCUCGUGUGCCUUUUUAAAUGGCUUCCUUAACAUACAUAUUUAAAAGCAGGGAAGUUAUAUGGAAGGUUAGCCACAGUCCAUGAAAAGAUAGUGGACACUGUUCCUUCACCAAUGAGUUUAUAGAUUUGUGUGGGCAUUUGCUGUCAUCAUAAAAUGCAUACUUGCAUUUGUGUAAUAUGUAUCUUUUAAGUACCUAAGUAGUACUAGAAAAAUUCUUCUUUGAUUUUAUUAAUUUUUAUGCCCAAAGGUGAAGUGUCUUAGUGGAGUGUCCCACAUCGAUAAUGAAAUCAAUGUAGGAACUGGGAUCCUAGUACGAUUCUUAGAACUCCUGAUGCUAAUGUUACCACUCAGUUUUGUCAUCUCUGAAGUGGAGCUGGUAGCAGCUACCUCUCGGAGUUGUUAAGAGACUCAAAUUACAUAAUGUAUGUAUAAUGCUCUGAUGGUUCAAAAUGCUAUAUAAAUGAUAAGUAUUAUUUUUUGCAGGGGAGGGAGGUUUGCCAAAAGUAGGGGAGAAAAAGGAGGAUAAUAUGUGGAUUUUUCAUCUAGAAAUAAAUAUAUUUUGGUAUAGAUAUUUUGAGAAGGAUAAAAAGUUUUGCAGAAAAGGAAAGCCAUGACCACUUUUCUACCUCAGACACAUUUUUUAUUUAGCAUUGGAAACAGCUCAAUGUUUUUUGCAAGGUGUUUUCUUUUACCAGGUUACAUUGAAGCAAAAAUCAAAACAAGAUUCAGUCCCUUUUAGAAAUACUGAAUAGAAAAGGUCUCAGUAAUAGGCAUGGUGGGGUUUUUAUUAUGACUGAAAGGUUACAUAGUAAUUGUUCUCCGCCUGUGUUUGUAUGCAAAUUCUGUCCUCUUCUCUUCUGUCAUGUAAAAACUACUUAAAGCAUUACAUUGUAAUAUUAGUCCUCUGAGACGCUGAUAAAUAAAAGGAAUAUGUUGCAGUAACAUCUCAAAAGUUGAGGGUUGGGUUUUUUUUAUGGAGUUUUGAGGCAUCAAACUAUUGCAUUUCCCUUUUCUAAUCUCGUUACAUGGUCUGACUUUCACUCUGAAUAAAAUUAACUUUUAAGCAGUGGCUGUUUUGAUAUUCUUCAUCUUAGGAGUAAACAACAUUUAAAAGCUCGUUCCCUGUGUGAGAGCAUUUCAGGCUUCAAGGAGCCUUUAUGAAAAUAAAAUAUAUUGCAGAAAAAUAUAGCUCAGUAAAUCAAAGCAUAUUUUUCUGCCAUUUUCCAUCUUCGCUAAUCUACAUUGCCAGCAAUCAAUCUUGGCUUGUGGCAGAUUUUAAAUGUAAGCCACCAAUUGGUGAACUUGGUUUAAGUAUGCUAUUAAUAAUGAAAAUAUGAAUCCCUUGUUCAAUGGCAGAGCUGGAACAUGAUCUUUAAAUUCCACCAGCUUGCACUCAGCAGGUCCUUCAUUUCUUAAUAAAAUGUUCUUUCUUCUGGCAGGAAAUACAAAUACAGUUUAUAGCCAAUAAGAUUUUAUAACUUGACAUUAAACAUACCUAACUUUGCCUUAAUCAGUUCUCAGCUGUGUAGCAUUGACUUACAAGUAUGCAUGUUUUUAAUGUAUAUAUGCUAAAACUGGGUACAUUCACCAAGGAAAUGCUGCCCAGUGCAUUCAUUCUGGGGAAAACAAGGUCCCUGUGUGGAAAAUGUCACAGUGGCAUUAACGGUAUGGACAUUCCUGCAUUAACUGCUCAUCUUGUAAUAGGAAUAAUGUAACUUUUGACAUGGAGAGUCAUUGAUGAUCAUGCUGGCUACUUCCAUAAUUCCAUAAAAGGUGAUAUUCUUAUGGUACCAUCAGCACUGAAUGAA